GCAAUUAUAUUAGGUCACUCAAGCAGAAAGCCACCGCGCGUCUUUCCUAAGCAGAUUCUCUCCAAUCAAUUCUCACGCACUCGCACACUCUUCCGCGUGAACAUAUACAUACACAUAUAGAGACAACACUCUAUACCCUCUACUAUAUAACCAGUCGGGCUGAGCGUAUGGCAGAGGCGGCUGCUCAAUCUGCGGGUGAAUUGCCGGUGAAGAGACCGCGCGAAGAGGAGGAGGUGGAGAACGGCGGCGUUUCGGUUGAGAUGGAAGCGAAUAACGGAGCGGCGACGGAGCUGCCCGAGUGCAUGUCGUCUGUUAUCCCGGGGUGGUUCUCGGAGAUUAGCCCAAUGUGGCCAGGAGAAGCGCACUCACUGAAGGUAGAAAAGAUAUUGUUUCAGGGGAAAUCUGAUUAUCAGAAUGUCAUUGUCUUCCAGUCAUCCACAUAUGGGAAGGUUCUCGUCUUGGAUGGUGUAAUUCAACUCACGGAGAGGGAUGAAUGUGCUUACCAAGAAAUGAUAACUCACCUCCCACUCUGCUCAAUCCCAAACCCCAGAAAGGUUUUGGUAAUUGGAGGAGGAGAUGGUGGCGUCCUGCGUGAAGUGUCGCGUCAUGCCUCUGUUGAGAAGAUAGACAUAUGCGAGAUCGAUAAGAUGGUUGUUGAUGUUUCCAAGCAAUAUUUCCCAAAUGUAGCCGUGGGAUUUGAUGACCCCCGAGUCACACUGCAUAUCGGAGAUGGGGUUGCAUUCCUAAAGGCUGUGCCGGAGGGAACUUAUGAUGCAGUUAUAGUGGACUCUUCAGAUCCAAUAGGCCCUGCCCAAGAGUUGUUUGAAAAGCCCUUUUUUGCAUCAGUAGCCAAGGCUCUCCGACCAGGAGGUGUUGUGUGUACUCAGGCCGAAAGCAUAUGGCUUCACAUGCACAUUAUUGAAGAUAUCGUUGCAAAUUGCUGCCAGAUCUUCAAAGGCUCUGUCAAUUACGCUUGGACUACAAAUCCUGUCCCCACAUACCCAAGUGGUGUGAUUGGGUUCAUGCUUUGUUCCACCGAAGGUCCCUCAGUCGACUUCAAGAAUCCAAUCAACCCGAUAGAUGCUGAUGACAGUCAUGCCAAAACAAAGGGACCAUUAAGGUUCUACAACUCCGAGAUCCACUCAGCCGCCUUCUGUUUGCCCUCGUUCGCUAAAAAGGUGAUCGAAUCAAAAGCUGCGGGUAACUGAAGAAACUCUGGAGCCAGUGGAGAAGCAAACGGAGGAUAGACUGUUGUUUGGUUCCUAAUUUAUAUCUUUUUUAAAUUCAUCGCCUCAAUAUUAGUCUAGAAAUGUACCAGGGAGUUUGGACAUCAUGUUGAAGUCGUGGUCUGUUUUUCGAUCAAUCAUCAGAACUUUUGAUAUUUUGCUAUAUUAUAUGUUAUCUUUUUUGCAUUCA